AAAUCGACAGCCGCUUCUGCUAUAAACAUUCGUUCGAUUUUGUCGAGGAGAGAUUUGUGGAUCCUAUCGCUUCGAAGCUCGUCGUGAUUUUUCCUUAAUCUGUAGAAUACGAAGUUGAUCGCUUCUUAACGAAACCAUGCCGAAGAACAAGGGAAAGGGAGGAAAGAACAGGAAGAGAGGAAAGAAUGAAGCAGACGAUGAAAAGCGUGAGCUGGUGUUCAAGGAAGAUGGGCAGGAAUAUGCACAAGUUCUUCGCAUGCUUGGUAAUGGUCGAUGUGAAGCGAUGUGCAUCGAUGGUGUAAAACGUCUCUGCCAUAUCCGUGGUAAGAUGCACAAGAAGGUGUGGAUUGCAGCUGGUGACAUCAUACUUGUUGGGCUGAGGGAUUACCAGGAUGACAAAGCUGAUGUCAUCCUCAAGUACAUGUCUGAUGAGGCUAGGCUCCUGAAGGCAUAUGGUGAGCUUCCGGACAAUACCCGUCUCAAUGAAGGAAUCGUUGGAGAUCUCGAUGAAGAUGAUGAUGCCGCAGCUGAUGACUACGUCGAGUUUGAGGACGAAGAUAUCGAUAGGAUCUAAGCCAAGAUCGAUUGACUUGUCCCGGCUUGUAUUUUCCAAUUUGAGAGUUUAUCUUUUGAGCGAUCACAGUGUCGUGUUAUAACAUUUGAGUGUCAACAUACUGCACCGUUUAUGUAUUUUGGGAUUUCAUUGUUAUUUUCCAGUUUUCAUA